AGGUACUUGAUGAGCAAGCCUGAAGAUUUGGCUGACAGCGUGAUGACACAUUUCAAGGAGGGGAGCCGGUGUGUCUCCCUGAAGCUAAAACAGCUGUCGGGGAAUGUAAAGAAGAACUGAAAAACUGGACUGUCUUCUUACUGCUGCCUCCCGCAAGCAGAGCUCCCCCCAGUGGCGGAUGCAGAACAUAGAGCACGAGUCGGUGGAGAGCUCAGACGAGGAAUUCUUCGACGCUCGGGAGGAAGUGCUGGAGGGGAAGAGCGCCAUGCUGCUGAGCAUGAGCCAGUGGAACUCUAACGACCUGGUGGAGCAGAUAGAGACCCUGGGGCACAUCGACCAGUCGCAAGAGAGUCUGUAUCGAGCGGCGCUGGGCCGGGGGCGCUGUACUGCUCAGAGCAGCAUCGACUGCAUGGAGGACAGCGAGAGGGCGUGUCGAACCCACAUCCUCAUCCUGGUCCUGCACGGGGGGAACAUCCUGGACAGCGGGGGAGGGGACCAGAGCUCUAAGAUGGCAGACAUCAACACGUUCCGCUCGGUGUUCCAGAAGGUGGCCCGCGCGCACUUCCCUGCCGCCAGCGAGCGCGUGCAAAUCAAGCUGGUGCCCUGCUGCGCCAUCUGCACCGAAGCCUUCUCCCUCGUCUCCAAGUAA